UUAGAGCUGAUCAUGGACGAUGGAAGAAAGAUCAUCCAGACGUAUCAAACCGUAUGGGAAUAGUUAAUAAUUUGAACAAGUUUGAUGCGGAUUUCUUCGGAUUAUCUUUCGACCAAGCGCACACACUCGGACUUGAGACAAGAAUGUUACUGGAACAUUCUUAUGAGGCAAUUAUCGACGCGGGGAUUAAUCCGAAGCAAUUACGAGGAAAGAAUACUGCCGUGAUAAUAGCGACAACUAUUUCUGAAACGCAAGCUAAAUUUUUGUAUGAGGAUCUUAAGAUGGAUGGUUUGAAUCUUAUUGGAUGUAGCAGAUCUACAAUAGCAAACAUGAUUUCGUACCAUUUGGAUCUAAAGGGACCAUCGUAUGCAAUCGAUUCAGCUUGCAGCUCCUGUUUCUAUGCCAUGGCCCUUGGUUAUCAUUAUAUCAUAUCGGGCAAAUGCGAAGAUGCGAUAAUUGGGGCUACACAAUUAUGUCUAUAUUCAAUUAUAAACCUGCAGUUUGCUCGUCUUGGAAGGUAAAAUAACCCAGAUAGCCAAGUCUGUCGAAAACAGAUUUUGUAAAAUCUUGCUACAAAUGUCGUUGACAAGAAGGAUACAAAUUUAAUACAAAAUUUGAUUUAACAAAUAAUGUCGACAAAAUGCUAGCAAAUAUGUAACAAAAUCUGCUGACAUAAUUAGAUAGCAAAUUGCCAACAAAAUACGGGCAAAUGUAGCCAUGUAACCAGACAGCAAAUUGGCAACAAAAACCGAGCAAAAUUUGCGUUGAGCACUCUAACAAUAAAUUGGCGGCAAAAAUCGAGCAAAAUCUGUGUAGCUCUGCCUGACGACACUUUGGCGGCAAUAUACGGGCAAAUAUACUCAUACUAGCUGCCCCGGCGAACUUCGUA